UAUGCUAAAAGUCGUUGCUUUUAAUGCACGCGAUGCAGCAAACUUACAACUGAGUGCUGGAGCCGUAUCUCUUGGGAACUGGAUACGCCAACUCGUUCCCACUGUUCCAGUACAGAUCGCACGAAUUGAGCAUCAUUGUCUUGUACCUGUAAAGACCGACGGGUCUAAACUUGUUGUUGAAAAUGUUGCAACUCCUGAGCAACUGGUACCAAAGAUGACGUUUGGUUUGGUUGAAACUCUUUUUGCAGACGCGGCACGAAAACAACUGCCCAUAAAAGUAGUUUCUGCACAAGGAAAGCAAAGCACAGGCAAAAGUUAUUUUCUUAAUCAUCUUGCAGGUGCUCAUUUUGACACCUCUGGAUGGCGAUGUACCGAAGGUAUUUGGAUGUGCGCCAAGAUUUUGCCAGAGUUGCUUUUGGUUCUUCUGGAUUUCGAAGGACGUAGCACUGAAGAACGGACGGUUCAGGAGGAUUGUUUACUGGCUAGUUUUGGUGCAGCUUUUAGCUCAGUUGUGAUUAUGAAAAAUGAAAUUCGCAUGGAAAGCAGUGACAUCGAUUUUAUGAGUAAAGCACUAAAAGAAGCAGCGCAGCGUCUUUCUACUGGACAAUCUCAAAGCAACGCGUUUUUCAACGGAACUUUGUGUGUUGUACUAAAAGAUGUAAGUCGUAGUGAUCGGGAGGCGGCAGGCGAAGUGGAAAAGAAAAUUCGAACUAGUAUGUCUGGUGCAAUUCGAAAUCUUUCUCGUGAUGAUUCUGAAAUACUGGACGACUCUGACAAACUAAGAAAAGGAAUUUUUGAUGAAUGCUCUGUUAUUUGUCAACGACCAUUGACUCAUAAGCACUUUUCCAAAGGUUUGAUGGCAGUGAAAGUAGAAAUUGAUAAGAAGUCACCUAUUUCUAUUCCUCACAGCGAAAUGGUGAUUGCCAUGAAAUCUGUUCUUGCCAGUUUACAUUUGAACGGCGUCGUAAACGCUGAGGACACAUCAUACACUGUCCUAGAAGAUCGCCUUGAUCAACACAUAGAAAAUGCAGUUGCCUUUGGAGCCCUAGAACUUAGCAAUGAUGGUAAUGUCAUUGAACACCUUACCGCAUUCGAAAGAGAUCGUGCACUUAUCGAAGACCGUACGGAAUCACAGCAUUUGGGUCUCAGAGACGCAGGACUAAAUCUGUGCAUUUGGAUAACAGAGAGGAAAGUCAACAACACCAUGCAAACGAUUCCGUUUAUAACAGAGCAGCAAGAACAAAAUUUGUUGGAAACAUACCGUAAGAAAAGAAGCAGCAAAAAAGACGAUAACGACAAACAGUGGGUGCUCGAUCUGCAAGACUUCUACUUGGCGUUAAUUGAUAGAAGAAUUGAGAGAAUAACGAAUUGGAUUAAAUUUAAUCUUCCUAAUGAUGAUUCUCUCAACGAAACACUUAAACGACAAAAGCAAAGAUAUUUGGAGUUAUGCCAUUCACGCUACUUUAAGCCUCUUCGUGGUCUUUGGAAAAUUUGCAAAUCUGUUUGCAGGCAGAGGAAAGCCUUAGAUACAACAUGUUUGCGUUUGUGUAUCCGGCUUGUAGAGCUAUGCGAAUGUAAUGAGAAUGGUUGUGACCGCUGCAACUGCCUCGAGCAGAAUCACUUAUGCGACAAGCCUUGUUUUUACUGUUUGCGUGGAAGAGAAUGCGAUUCGAAAAGACCUAAUCUUUGUGGACUUGGAGCCAAACAUAAAGGCAAUCACAACUGCAGAAAAACCAAACACCUGUGUAGUGAAAUUUGUAGCAAGCGAGAUCAAUCUCGUGGCUGUAAUAAGUACUGUCAACGCAGCAUUGUUGACGUUCACCAUAAUCACGUAUGUGAUGCUCAACACAAAUGCAUUGAAGAGUGUUCUGCUCCAGAGUGUAGUUCCCAUUGUAAUCUUGAUUUAGCACACGCUGUUUCAGAUCAUGCCAAAGCACACGACUGCGGCAAGAAACGCUGCUUAGUAAAAUGUCACAUAGAGGGAUGCGAUUUAAUUUGUAAGCACAGCGACCACUUUCAUGACCUAGACCCUGUUGCUCAUUUCUGUAACAAAAAUGAGCAUCCUUGCAUUGGAUCUGAAUCGAUGUGUUCAGUUGAGGGUGGUCGCUGUAGCAACAAAGAAUCAUUUGGGAAGCUUCCGUGCGCUUUAGUAAUACAAGCAGGACGACUAGAUCACGUCGGACCUCACUAUUGCAAAACCCACCACUUAUGUGAUGAGCAAUGUCCAUGUGGAUGCUUGGAAUAUUGCAUCAUACAGUUAGAGUUAAAAGAAAACGAAUCAACAGGUCAACGGGCGUUUCGUGCUCACAAUGGGGCCUGCAAUACUAGUUCUCACACCUUCUCCAAUCGUACGGAAAAAGAGUUCAAAGAAACAAUCGAAAAAUUGUCGCUAAAUGCUCACAAAGCUAUACAAACAGGAGCAAUAACAAUGGAAAAAAACGAUGUCACUGAGCAUCUACACAGUUUCGAAAAACCUAAAAAUAUCGUUGAUGAUGCAAAUAAUCGGUUUUACGGAUUACACGACGCGGGCUUAAAGCUUUGUAACUGGUCGCAAGAAGGAUCCAUCAAUAAGAGAUUGGUAGUGUUGCCAUCGACAGCUGAGUUAUUAAUACAACAGUACACAAACAGGUGCUCUACAAGUAGAAAAGGAAAUGACAAGCUCUGGACUAAAAAAUGUCAAGACUUUAUUAAUUCUGUCAUUGCUCGGAGGAUAGCUAGAGUAACUUCUUGGAUUGAAAUCAAUUUUCCUGUUAGAGAGCGCCUCAGCCGCCAGCUUCUGCUGAUGUUAGAUGGUCAUAUUCAAAUGUACGAAACGCUGUACUUUUCUGUUAUGAUGAAAGAAUGGACGCUCUGUAGAAAUUUUUGCCAGCAAAAGACGGGAAAGUCUGAGCAAUGUCAACGAGAAUGCUUGCUCCUAAAAAGCAUUUGUUGCAAUGAGCAAUCAGAGGGAUGCCAGAAUUGCAAUUGCUUAGAGAAAGAUCAUAGCUGCACAGAAACGUGUGAAACCUGCGUUACCUCUUCAGCUGGUAUGUCUAGUUCUAAACUUUGCCACCUCGGAGCCGAGCACGAUAUUGGUAUACCACACAGAUGUGACCAACUCAGUCACGAAUGUAAAGAAAAAUGCUCAAAAUUGCAAGCAAGAAACUGCAUGAAGAAAUGCAACAUUUCUUAUGAAACCAAACACGAUCGACACCUUUGCGGUGCUGGUUCCAAUCACAAAUGUACAAAUGUCUGCUCUGUUUGCAAAAACAUCUGUGAUCUCGAGUUUGAGCACGAUGUCACUUUAAGUCACAGAUGUGCCGAACUUCAUUGCAUUACGUUUUGCCAAGUACAGGAUUGUAAUCGUCAAUGCGUGAAGCGUCAUUUACACUCUGUUAAACUGCCUCGUUCAUCUCAUUUCUGUGGCAAUGACCAUGUCUGUGUUCAUGUUUGCUCUGUGAACGAAGGACGUUGUCUGAAAGCUAACACUGGGAAAGCCCCGUGCGCUGUCCGCAUUCCAUCUAAACAGCCUCUUCAUAACGAAUCACAUUACUGCCGAAACGUUCACUACUGCAACCAGAAAUGCCCUUGUGGUUGCAAUGAACUCUGUACUAAGAAAAUGGACGUCCAGAAAACCGCAAAUUCUGAAAUGGGUUUUAAGAAACACGUAGGUUUCUGUAGUACAGGAAAGCAUAUUUUUGCUGAAUCACCAGUAACUGGACUGAAACGGAUUCUGGAUGAUAUGAAAGAUACAGUCAAGCAGAAAUUAGCAGUUAAAGUUGAAAAAAUUCCAAACGGUGGGUCUCAAGCUUUUAGUGCAGCAGAAGUUUCCAGGGAGUAUCAGCCCGACGUGUGUAAAGAAAUUUCUGAAGAACAUGGAAGUUCAAAUGAAUCUACAUUUACUUUGUGUGAGGUUGUUGACGGACAGGUUUGCGUUACACAGCACUUACUAGUUCAAUUCAUUGCUGCGUUCAAGAAAAAGAAGAAUCGCGACGAAGAAUCGGAGUCGCGUUGGAAACAAAAACUGGAAGCCUAUAUACGUAAAAUUUUAGAAAGGCGUAUAGACAGUGUAUUGAAAUGGAUCGAAAUGGAUUUACCCCAAAGUGAGUGUUUAAACUCAGAAGUUGUAACUUCGCAGUUGAACGAAUUCAAAGAGAGAUGCGUAAUUGAUAUAUUUGACCGUCUUCGAAACCAAUGGAAAUUGUGUUCUCAAAUCUGCUCCCAACGUGAAAACGAGUGCGAAAGAUGUCAAAGGACUUGCCUAAAGCUUGCAAGCGAAUGUGCUGCAGGUAUCUCAGAAGAAUCCUGUGACUGCCUUGAAGACGAUCAUCGAUGUGGAGAAGACUGUUUAUUCUGCGUAAAAGCAUUUGGCCUGCAAAAGAAAAGGAAAUCGUUAAAGAGUCGCUGUCGCCUUGGGGCAAGGCACAAUGACCAGCAUCGGUGCUCCAGAACUGAGCAUCCAUGUCCAGAAAAGUGCACAAAGAUUAUGGCACGAGGUUGCUUAGGAGACUGCUCAUACAAACUCGAAAACCAUACAAAGUUAUCGCAUCUGUGUAGCUCAGGAUCUAAUCACAAAUGCAUAGAGUUUUGUUCAGCAGUAAACGUCGGAUGCAACAAGCAGUGCGACAAAGAAUUCGAACACCAGUUACAGCAAAAGGACGACGUACACUCUUGUGGUGAACGGCAAUGCGUUCAAAAGUGCAGAUAUUCUGGAUGUUCGCGUCGCUGUGCAAAUCAAGAUCAUUUACAUGAUCUAAAUAACAGUGACAGUCAUCUAUGCGAUAAGCAACUGCACGACUGCGACAAGACUUGCAACGUGCAAGGUGGCCGCUGUCCAGGUCUCAGUGGCGCGUCCGCGAAUCCUUGUGUCGUAGCCAUUGACGAUAGUGGAAUAUCACACAAAGGUCUUCAUUAUUGCGAUAAGAUUCACCUUUGCGACAAACGCUGUCCUUGUUGUGAUGCAUUUUGCAGCAAAGAAUUAGUCUCCGUCAAAGAUGGGCACCAACGCAUUACCGAAUUCAAAACCCACGAAGGUCUUUGCAAUACCAACGCACACCAAACAGCCAAGAAAUUAAUCAUCGAAAACUCGUUAGGUUAUACCGAAGCUUCAUGUGAGGGAGAAUGGUGUGGAAACGCGUGUGUUCGUCAUGGAAGAGGCCAUCUCCACCUUGUUCUGUGUAAAGCAGAUGUUAACAUCUGUACUCACCAUCACACUUACAACGCAAGUGGUCAGUGUUUAGAUCAAGUACUUCAUGCAACCUUUUGGAAACAUUUUGCUCAUUUUGAAGAUCCCUGCCAAGAUGAGCAGUUGCAAGAAAUAUUUGGUAUGUGUCCAGCUUACUGCUCUUCACAAGAAGAAAGCGAAAAAGACCCAAACAGCGAAAACUUUUGCCAAGGAAAAGUGUGGCACGAACGUAUUAGAGAUGCCGAUGCGGAUACCCAUGUCAUGGAUGGACAUCAGUUUGGGUGUCGUCACGACAAGCACGUAAUUUUGGUGUUAGAUUGUUCAUGGUCAAUGGAUUCGUUGAUGAAUACGAAAUCUACGUCGCAACAUGCAGAAUUCUCCAAACCUAGCCGUUUGAAUAUGGUUACAAACGCUACAAUAAACUUCCUGAAACAACUGAACAAAUCAUCAAACACUUCUAUAGCCUCUGUCGUAUCUUUCGCUGACUCGGCAAAAGUUAUCACAACCCGUGCGGACUUAAUAACUGCUUGUGAAAUUCUGGCGAAUCCUGAGUGGACUGAGGUCGAAAAUUACGCAACUUAUUAUUUCCCUGCCAUUGAGAAAGUAAAGUCAAUUCUACAGGCUAAUCGAAGUUCAAUGACGGUGGACGAUCGCUAUUAUGAACCAGCAAUCUUUUUCCUCAGUGAUGGCGAGACUUCUGAAACAGGCAUCGACACUGCGGUUAAAGAGCUAGUGGAAAAAUACAGCGCUACUUUGAGCACGUGCCUUUUUGGGGAUGACAACAGUCAAGCUGAACAGAUAUUGCGCGGAAUGUCAGUAUCCGGAUCUGGAAAAUUCUAUCGAGCCCCAACAGGUCGCGACUUGGAAAACCAUCUCUGUGAUUUUAAAGCGUUUCUCUACAAGACUCGAACUAUCCGUGGGUAUGAUAACUGAUGGCAGAUGUACUAGUCCUGCUAACAGAGUCACAAAGACUUCAUGAAUAGUAGAGCUAUUCUGUUGAGCGUUCAACGAUAUAUUUUUAGCUUCUGGCAUGCUAUUUGCUAACAUUUUAAUCACUUAGUCUGUUUAGAUGUUGCUGUUUGGGCUUGUCAGUUGUGACUGUUGUAUUCUGGUAUGUGUAAUGUUUAAAUUGUUGACGAGGAUGUUUUCGAUUAAGGUGUAAGGACUUCAUGGCCAUAUUCAUAAAGUUUUAGUAUUAUUAUGAUAUAUCUAAUCUGCAUUUUCGUAUUACAGAAUAUACUUUUACUUAAAGGGCA